AGAGAAAAGGAGGGGCAGGGAAGGAGGCUAGUGAAGGAGGGAGAGAAGAGGAGCAGAAAAGCAGGAGAGAGACAGAGAGAGGGAGAGUGAAACGAGAGCGAGAGAUAGAGAAAGAGAGAGAGAGUAGAGGUUCUCCGUCUGACUAAACCUGACUGAAGAAAAUGCAUCCCAACUUUGCCGGCACCUGGAAAAUGAAGAGCAGUGAGAAUUUUGAUGAACUUCUCAAAGCCUUGGGCGUGAACGCCAUGCUGAGGAAGGUGGCUGGGGCGGCUGCUGCAAAGCCUCACGUGGAGAUCCGCCAGGACGGAGAGCAGUUCUACAUCAAGACCUCCACCUCGGUGCGUACCACGGAGAUCAACUUCCACAUCGGCGAGGAGUUUGACGAAGAGACCGUGGAUGGCAGGAAGUGCAAGAGUCUGGCCACUUGGGAGACAGAGAACAAGAUUUACUGCAAGCAGACGCUGGUGGAUGGUGAUGGGCCCAAGACAUACUGGUCCAGGGAGCUGCGGGGGGAUGAACUCAUACUGACGUUUGGAGCAGACGAUGUGGUGUGCACACGGAUCUAUGUGCGGGAAUGAUGCUGCACACAUCAUCGGCCAGUCAUAAAGCACCAUGGCGAGUCCAAAUUCUCCCCCAAGCAACAGUCCUUCAGUCUACUGUGAUGUGGGAUCUGAGCAACAUGUUCACUCAUCUCUCAAGCUUCUCUUAACUGGCCAGUUGUGCACAUCCACUUGUGUCCUAACUGUGGUUCUGAGCUAAACAUCCAUCCAGUUUUAAACUUCCUUUGUCCAGUCUUUUAUUUUUUUAGCUGUGCAUUUUAGUGGCAUUGGAUACACACAAAAAAACAGGAAUAAAAUUGAAACCCAAGAUCUGAA